UAUCAGCAAUGUACUUCCUUGAUCUGGAAAAAUCCCAACAGCAUGGCCAGUGUAUAUAAACUGGUGGCAGCUUCGCACAGUACAUCACAUCUCAGAGACUGACCUAACAACACGUUCGACAACAAAGAAACACAGCGAUAGCCAGCAAUGUAUGCACUCAGGAAACUGCUGCUGGUGACUGUCCUCUCCCUGCUAACGCUGGGCAUUGUUAACUUCUCAGUAUCAGCACAUUCGAUGUAUAGCGACUGCUGUCUCGGCUAUUCAAAGGGGCGAUUGCCUUUGAGGAAAAUCAGUGGCUAUGUGGAACAGCAAUCCAAUGAAAUAUGUGAUAUAGAUGCAAUCAUAUUCUACACAGUUGGAGGACGGGCAGUGUGUACAGAUCCUGAGAACAAAUGGGUGAAAAGAGCUCUCCGUUAUUUGAGCAAAAAACUGGAAGAAAUGUCAUAUCAGGACUGAGAACAUCUCCGAGAAGAUAAGCAGCUGUAUCAGUUUGAUUUAUCAAACUUAAAACCUUCCUACAUAGUAUCUAUGUACUGUUAAACAUGUUGUUGAACACCACUUUUAUCUUACUAUCAACUGAUGUGUAAGCUUUUAGAAUUGUAUGUUCCAUUGAACAUGAAUAAGUAAUUAUACUACAAGUACUUAUUUAUUUGUUCAUUGUUUUUGCACACAAAAUAAAUUAAAAC